ACCCUGCAUGUCCCCACCAAACCUGGCCCCCCUCCCCUGACAACCAGAGCCACAAUGGCCGAGCUGCCGGUUUCAGAGACACCCGGGGACCCUGCUCUGUGCAGUGGGCGCUUCACCAUCAGCACACUGCUGGGGAGCGAUGAGCCUCCCACACCAACUGCCUAUGACAGCAGCCACCCCAGCCACCUGACCCACGGCAGUACCUUCUACAUGCGCACCUUUGGCUACAACACCUUUGAUGUGGUGCCUGCCUAUGAGCACUAUGCCAAUAGUACCCUGCCCGGUGAGCCCCGAAAGGUCCGACCCACACUGGCCGACCUACACUCCUUCCUCAAGCAGGAAGGCAGCCACCUGCACGCUCUGGCCUUUGACAACCGGCCCAACCACGAGAUGACUGAUGGGCUGGUGGAGGGUGAGGCAAGGACCAAUGGUGAGCAGAAAGCAGGGGAGCCCAUCCGCUUUGGCUGGGUCAAGGGUGUGAUGAUCCGUUGCAUGCUCAACAUCUGGGGUGUGAUCCUCUACCUGCGGCUCCCCUGGAUUACAGCCCAGGCAGGCAUUGUCCUGACCUGGGUCAUCAUCCUGCUCUCGGUCCUGGUGACCUCCAUCACAGGUCUCUCCAUCUCAGCCAUCUCCACCAACGGCAAGGUCAAGUCCGGGGGCACCUAUUUCCUCAUCUCUCGGAGUCUUGGCCCAGAGUUAGGGGGCUCCAUCGGCCUCAUUUUUGCUUUUGCCAAUGCUGUGGGUGUGGCCAUGCACACCGUGGGCUUCGCAGAGACUGUGCGGGACCUGCUCCAGGAGUCCGGCACACCCAUCGUGGACCCUACCAAUGACAUCCGCAUCAUCGGUGUGGUCACCGUCACCGUGCUGCUGGCCAUCUCCCUGGCCGGCAUGGAGUGGGAGUCCAAGGCCCAGGUGCUCUUCUUCCUGGUUAUCAUGGUCUCCUUCGCCAACUACUUGGUGGGGACGCUGAUACCCCCAUCUGAUGACAAGGCCUCCAAAGGCUUCUUCAGCUACCGGGGAGACAUUUUUGUCCAGAACUUGGUGCCUGACUGGCGAGGCAUGGAUGGCAGCUUUUUUGGGAUGUUCUCCAUCUUCUUCCCCUCGGCCACAGGCAUCCUGGCAGGGGCCAACAUCUCUGGGGAUCUCAAGGACCCUGCUGUAGCCAUCCCCAAGGGGACACUCAUGGCCAUUUUCUGGACCACAGUCUCCUACCUGGCCAUCUCGGCCACCAUCGGCUCCUGUGUGGUUCGAGACGCCUCCGGGGUCCUGAAUGACACUGUGGUCCCUGGCUCAGAGGCAUGUGAGGGGCUGGCCUGCGGUUAUGGCUGGAACUUCACCGAGUGCUCCCAGCAGCACAGCUGCCACUUUGGCCUCAUCAACUACUACCAGACCAUGAGCAUGGUAUCAGGCUUUGCACCCCUGAUCACAGCUGGCAUCUUUGGGGCCACCCUCUCCUCUGCCCUGGCCUGCCUUGUCUCUGCAGCCAAAGUCUUCCAGUGCCUAUGUGAGGACCAGCUGUACCCGCUGAUCGGCUUCUUUGGCAAAGGCUAUGGCAAGAACAAGGAGCCCGUGCGCGGCUACCUGCUGGCCUACACCAUUGCUGUGGCCUUCAUCAUCAUUGCCGAGCUCAACACCAUCGCCCCCAUCAUCUCCAACUUCUUCCUGUGCUCCUACGCCCUCAUCAACUUCAGCUGCUUCCACGCCUCCGUCACCAACUCGCCUGGGUGGAGACCCUCAUUCCGAUACUACAGCAAGUGGGCAGCACUGUUUGGAGCAGUCAUCUCAGUGGUCAUCAUGUUCCUUCUCACCUGGUGGGCGGCCCUCAUCGCCAUCGGCAUCAUCCUCUUCCUCCUGCUCUACGUGAUCUACAAGAAACCAGAGGUGAACUGGGGCUCCUCAGUACAGGCUGGAUCCUAUAACCUGGCCCUGAGCCACUCGGUGGGCCUCAACGAGGUAGAGGACCACAUCAAGAACUACCGUCCCCAGUGCCUGGUGCUCACGGGGCCCCCCAACUUCCGCCCGGCCCUGGUGGACUUUGUGGGCACCUUCACCCAGAACCUCAGCCUGAUGGUCUGUGGCCACGUGCUUAUCGGACCCCGCAAAGAGCGGAUGCCUGAGCUCCAGCUCAUCGCCAGCGGGCACACCAAGUGGCUGAACAAGAGGAAGAUCAAGGCCUUCUACUCAGACGUCAUUGCGGAGGACCUCCGCAGUGGCGUCCAAAUUCUCAUGCAGGCCGCAGGUCUUGGGAGAAUGAAGCCCAACAUUCUGGUGGUCGGAUUCAAGAAGAACUGGCAGUCAGCUCACCCGGCCACAGUGGAAGACUACGUCGGCAUCCUGCAUGAUGCUUUUGAUUUCAACUACGGUGUGUGUGUCAUGAGAAUGCGCGAGGGGCUCAACAUCUCCAAGGUGAUGCAGGCACACAUUAACCCUGUGUUUGACCCAGCGGAGGACAACAAAGGAGCCAGAGCCAGCGGCCCAUCUGUCUGCGGCCCAUUGGACCCCGAGGCCCUGGCGCGGGAGGAGCAGGCCAGCACCAUCUUCCAGUCGGAGCAGGGCAAGAAGACCAUCGACAUCUACUGGCUAUUUGAUGAUGGAGGCCUCACCCUCCUCAUCCCCUAUCUCCUUGGCCGUAAGAAGAGAUGGAGCAAAUGCAGGAUCCGUGUGUUCGUGGGGGGCCAGAUCAACAGGAUGGACCAGGAGAGAAAGGCGAUCAUUUCUCUGCUGAGCAAGUUCCGACUGGGAUUCCACGAAGUUCAUGUCCUUCCCGACAUCAACCAGAAGCCUCGGGCUGAGCACACCAAGCAGUUUGAGGACAUGAUUGCACCCUUCCGCCUGAAUGAUGGCUUCAAAGAUGAGGCCACUGUCACGGAGAUGAGGCGGGACUGCCCCUGGAAGAUCUCAGACGAGGAGAUUAACAAGAACAGAGUCAAGUCCCUUCGGCAGGUGAGACUGAACGAGAUUCUGCUGGAUUACUCCCGAGACGCUGCUCUCGUCGUCAUCACCUUGCCUAUCGGGAGGAAGGGGAAGUGCCCAAGCUCACUGUACAUGGCCUGGCUGGAGACGCUGUCCCAGGACCUCAGACCUCCAGUUGUCCUGAUCCGAGGAAACCAGGAAAAUGUGCUCACCUUUUACUGCCAGUAACUCUAGGCUUGGCCAUGCCUGCCCAAUGCCGUGGGUGCAUGAGACUCAUGUCCUGUUGUGCUUUAAGUGGCAUCAUCUGAUGAUCCAGCUGAAGAAGCUGGUAGAUUUCCAAACUAGCUGGACCCAAACAUCAUUGAACAUGGCCUCUGGGCUUUGUUUUUAUGGGCCGGAGAAGGAGCAGAUGGAAUUGUGUGGAAAAUUCUCUGGCAGACCCAUAUUCCUUUAAAGUUUUCUUUUGAUCUUGAUUACAACAAAUUAAGAGUUCAGUCUUUGAUUUAUA